AUGUUUGGCGCGGCCAAGGGUGGCCAUUUUGAAGCCCACCCCGCGGCUGGUUGCCCUGGCUGCGUCUCCCACCACCCUGCGGCCGGGGCCAAAGCUGGCUCCGCCGGUGUCUGGCCUGGGGGCGGCCGGACCGACGCGAUGUGGCGGCUCCGCUGCAAGGCCAAGGACGGCACCCAUGUCUUGCAGGGGCUGUCCAGCCGGACCCGGCUGCGGGAACUCCAGGGCCAAAUCGCCGACAUCACCGGCAUCUGCCCCGGCGGUCAGCGCAUCCUCGUCGGCUACCCGCCCGAGUGCCUGGACCUCAGCGACGGGGACACGGCCCUGGGGGACCUGCCCAUCCAGUCCGGCGACAUGCUGAUCGUUGAAGAAGACCACACCAGACCCAAAACUUCACCUGCAUUGUCAAAAUAUGGUGCUCCAAGUUACGUCAGGGAAACUUUGCCUGUGCUUAGUAGAACCACAGUCCCAGCAGACAACUCUUGCCUCUUUACCAGUGUGUAUUAUGUCGUUGAAGGAGGAGUCUUGAAUCCAGCGUGUGCCCCUGAGAUGAGACGCCUUAUAGCACAAAUUGUAGCAAGUGAUCCAGACUUCUAUAGUGAGGCAAUACUGGGAAAAACCAAUCAAGAGUACUGUGACUGGAUCAGAAGGGAUGAUACUUGGGGAGGAGCAAUUGAGAUAUCAAUUUUGUCCAAGUUUUAUCAAUGUGAAAUAUGCGUAGUAGAUACACAGACAGUAAGAAUUGAUCGGUUUGGGGAAGAUGCAGGGUAUACCAAAAGGGUUUUGCUAAUCUAUGAUGGCAUCCACUAUGACCCGCUUCAGCGUAUCUUCCCUGAUCCAGAUACACCUCCUCUGACCAUUUUCUCCUCUAAUGAUGAUAUCAUUCUUGUACAAGCACUGGAAUUAGCAGAUGAAGCUAGAAGAAAAAGACAAUUUACUGACGUAAACCGCUUCACCCUGAGAUGUAUGGUGUGUGGGAAGGGAUUAACUGGCCAAGCAGAAGCAAGGGACCAUGCCAAGGAGACCGGCCACACCAACUUUGGAGAAGUAUGAUCUAUGCAUGAUGAGGGCUGAAGCCUACUACCUCACAGAUCCAGAAGGCUCUGGGUUUUCCAAUAAGCUAUUCAUAAUCCUAAAGAACAAAAGGACACAAUGCUUGAACCAUCCUUUUCACUAAGACCAGUAAGACACUGAAAUUCCUUGUUAAGAUUAAAAUUCGUGUGCAAGUUUACAGAUUGUGUCUACAGUGGUGAUACGUGCCCUCUCUCUGCUAGGGUGACGGAACAGGUGGGCCUUUCCACCUAAUGACACUAACUUGAAGAUUGGAUUUUAGUAUUACAAACUAGCACCCAGCAGCUUUUACUUAUAGAAGAAAUCAUCCUAUUUGGGGUAAUGUGGAAGGUCUCAUGGAAGGCCACUGGACAUAUACCACCACCACAGUUUCUCCAUAGUAGAUUCUUUUUUAAUAACUGAAUGAGUUAAUAGUUUCUAAAUUAUGAAUUGAUCCAUCAAAUGAAGAUACUCAGAACUGUCAAAACUGGUUUUAUACUGCAAUUUGGUAGACUUUAUAAGUGUGUGCUUAACCACUUAGAAGUUCAUGAAAAACAAUUUUUACAGGGAAGAGUCUAUUCCUUAAGAAUGUUAUCUAAAGCAGGAAUCUAUUGAGUCCUGCUUAAGAUUUCUAGUGUAUAAAAGUAGAAUGUAUAAGGGAAAAGGUGCCUGAGCAGCUUACUGAAGCUUUAAAGACUGUUGGCCUCACAUUUUAAUGCAAUUCAUGUAUUGAUCUUUGUCAUAUUGGAUAAGAUUUUAAAAUUAAGCAGGGUAUGCUUUUUAAUUGAAGUUUUUUGCAGUUUGAGUGAUCUACUUGCUUUUUUAUAUAUAUACAUUUAUCUGAAGGAUAUAUUUUCCUCUUUUUUUUUAAAGAGCUCUUCCUCAAACAAAGAAAAUAGGUCUUCAUUGAACAUGAUAAUGUUAGGUUUCUGUUUCUUUUUUUGUAAGACUUCUGCAUAUCUAAGCAAUGUUUCUCUGCUAGCUGCAUCUCUUGCCAGUACUCUUGAAAAUGCCAUAUGUCUGCAAGUUAGCAUUUGCUUAUCUGCCAUCUUUGACUUUCACACAGUUUUAAAGUAAUUGGUGUCAUAUUCUUGAAUUUAUUGUACUUCCAAGAUAUGAAAGUUUUACAAUCUUUGCCUUAUAUCAGCUUUCUCAGAAUACUACUUCUGUCUUUUGCUUGUUGGACUAAUAAUCUUCAAGGCACACACCCUCUAAAAUUUAGCUUCACUACAAGAUCUUCCAGAUAACAUGUUCUACCUCUUUUUCUUAAUGCUUUUGAAGAUCAGGGAUGCUCAAUUAUAACUCAUUAUGUAUUAUGUCAUACAACAUGAAAAGGCUUGGUGGUGUUAUCUUACUCUCAUUUUAACUAUCUCACUUUUAAAAAGCAGCACUUAUAUCCCUUUCCGCAUAGCUUUUUUGGCAAAUGUUUUGAAAUUGAGAUGUACCCUCCAGCAUUUUCCCUUUGUGAAAUGAAACUAAAGUGAACAGCCGGGCACCGGUGGCUCACGCCUAUAAUCCUAGCUACUUAGGAGGCUGAGAUCUGA